CUGUUACCCACAUAGCAGCAGGGAGCGCGGUAUCGGCGAGGUCAUGUGCAUUCCGCGCAGUCUCGAUGUUCUGCAAUGCUGUGGCUUGUCAUACGGCUAGUAUCGGUCAUCGUAUGCGCUUUCCAGAGCUUGACUGACAUACUCACCGAGACCUGCGGAAUGCGUGUGACCGUAGAUAUGGCGCGACUCACGCUAUUCGCAAGGCACUGUUUGGCGCGGAGCAAACUCUACACUGCUAAGACUUAUACAUUGCCUUGCAUGAUCUGGGGCGGAGAGUGGCCAUUACUCAGGAACAACGGAAGGCGGUAUGAAUCAAAGACUCUGGCAAUCUUGCAUCAACGAGUGUCGACGACGGACAGCAUUUGGAAUUACAUAUAUGCCAUUAGUAUGUCAUAACAGGCAACGCUUAUCGCAGCUGGAGCCUCUUGUUCAAACGUUCAACGUUCAACGUUCGACGCUCAAGCACUCACCCUGCUGCUUGGAACAAAGCAGACGUGCAGGUCUAUU